GGGCGGCGGAAGCGGCGGGAGCGGCCGCGGUUGUCCCGGUAACCAACACCGGGCCAUGGGCGAGCUGGGCCCGGACGAAGGGGCCGAGAACACGUACAGCCUGCGGCCCGCCUUCCAGCACCGAUUUAAAUCGUCCACCGUAAAAGAAUGCAUUCAUGCAAUACUGAAGGAGAAACUGGCCGAUGUACAGUACAUCCCAGAAGAAAUGCCUGAGCUUACAAAGUCUUUAUCAGAGAUAAUAAAAGACAGACUGAAAGAGGAGGGAUUUGACAGGUACAAAAUGGUGGUGCAGGUUGUCAUUGGAGAGCAGAAAGGAGAAGGAGUGAACAUGGCUGCACGAUGUUUCUGGGAUGCUGACACUGACAGCUGUGCUCACGACGUGUUCAUGAACGACAGCCUGUUUUGUGUGGUGGCUGCGUUUGGCUGCUUCUACUAUUGAAGAKGACAAACAUUGCACAGAAGGACGGAGAGAAUGCUUUGGAGUAUUUUUUUAUUUAAGUGCACAAAAGCAUCAUGUUUUUCCUUUAGUACCUAAGAAAAUAACUCUACCCAGCACAUCCUACACCUGUUUUACACACUACAACAUUCCUUCUUCCUUGUAAAUAUUUUUAUCACUUUAAGCACAUUAUUAUAAUUAUUACUAUUAUUGUAUCCUUAUUUAAACAGCCCUUUGUUUUUUAUAUGGUGUUAGAUUUGUCCUAGAAGUGUAUUGCCAGUAGCCAUUGCUUGYAAGGCAAAUUCAACUUUGGUCUUGAAAGGGUUCUGUUAUUUUUAUUUUUAUGAAAUUAAUGAAAUAUUUAUAAGAAAAGAAACAUAAUAAAUCUAUGUAUUUAAUAUUUUUUU